CUAUUAUUAACUAUUGUUCUUAUUAUUAUUAUUUAUGGUGGUUGGUUUUGGUGUUGUUCCCCAAAAUUUCACCCCGCACAUCUGAAUCAGUCACACCCACUCCUUCUUCGAUUCUCGAUUGCUUUCAUUGAUUUCUAGGGUUUCUGUUUUGGUGAGGUGAGCCAUGGAAACGGGCUCUGAGGGGGAGAAGACCAGAGCUCAGGCUCAGGCUCAGGAGAUCAGGACCAAGCGGAAAAUGAAGACUCGUUCGCAACUGGAAGCUCUUGAGAAAGCUUAUGCUGUUGAGCAAUACCCGUCGGAGUCGGUGAGAGCUGAGCUGUCGGCGAAAUUGGAUCUCUCCGAUCGGCAGUUACAGAUGUGGUUUUGCCACCGGAGGUUGAAGGACCGCAAGCCGACGCCGGCGACCGGAAAGCGGCAGAGGAAUGACUCUCUGGCCGAAGCGACUGGAGUUGUUUCUGAGGAAGGACUACAGCAGUCGAUCAUAGAGGCGCGAGCUGUUGCAUUUGUGGAGGCGCAGCUGGGCGAGCCGUUGAGGGAGGAUGGGCCGAUACUUGGGUUGGAGUUUGACUCGUUGCCGCCCGAUGCAUUUGGUUCGUCUAUAGGAGUGGCAACUGUUAGGCAGCAAAAGCAAUCAGGAUGGCCAUGUGAUGCAAAUAUACACGAGCAGUCUAAUGCUAAACCAAUCAAGGGAGCUUCAAGGACUGUCCAUGAAUACCAGUUUCUUCCAGAAAAGCCAACUGUUAGGACAGAUGCUUAUGAAAGGGCUGCCCCGUCUCACCACUAUGGUUCACCUACUGAAUCUCGCCAUCCAAGGAUUCCAUUAUCAACUGUGUCCUCGUUCAUUCAUGGUAAUGAACAAGUACCCACUGUAUAUGGAUUUCAAAGCCCGAUGGUCGGACUAAAUCUUUUGUCACAGCAAGGCAGGGCGGGUCACCUCUUGCCAUCUGCUGCAGAAGAAUAUGGCAAUGUUCUUGGAAAAAACUUCACAAAUGUUACCAUGGAUUCUCAUUUUAGUACUCACCUGAUUAAUCAACUAAACAAUCCUCUUAUACCUUAUGCCAGAAGGGUGGCUCAUGACGAGGAUGAUGUUCUACAGUUGGAAAGGAAGCACAAGAGUGAAGAAGCAAGAAUAAUGCGGGAAGUUGAAGCCCAUGAGAAAAGAAUACGUAAAGAGCUUGAAAAACAAGAUAUCCUGAGACGAAAGAGAGAGGAGCAGAUAAGGAAAGAAAUGGAGAGGAUUGAUCGGGAGAGGAGGAAGGAAGAAGAAAGAAUAUUGCGUGAAAAGCAGAGAGAGGAGGAGAGAUACCUAAGGGAGCAAAGGCGUGAACUGGAACGAAAGGAGAGAUUCUUACAGAAGGAGUCAAUAAGAGCUGAGAAAAUGAGACAAAAAGAAGAAUUACGAAGAGAGAAAGAGGCAGCAAGGCUUAAAGCUGCUAACGAGAGAGCUAGUGCUCGUAAAAAUGCUAAAGAAUCAACAGAACUCAUUGAGGAUGAAUGCCUGGAACUCAUGGAGUUAGCUGCAUUGAGCAAGGGACUUCCUUCAAUGUUGUCUCUUGAUUAUGAAACCUUGCAAAAUCUUGAAUCAUUUAGAGAUAUGCUGAGUACAUUCCCACCCAAAUCUGUGCAAUUGAAAAAACCUUUUGGUAUUCAACCUUGGAUGGAUUCAGAUGAAAACAUUGGAAAUCUUCUUAUGGCAUGGAGAUUUUUAAUUAGUUUUGUGGAUGUUCUUGGGCUCUGGCCGUUUACUCUCGAUGAACUCGUUCAAGCUUUUCAUGACUAUGAUUCUAGGUUGCUGGGCGAGAUACAUAUUUCACUUCUAAGAUCCAUCAUUAAAGACAUUGAAGAUGUUGCAAGAGCACCUUCCAUGGGGGUGGGAGCUAAUCAGAACUGUGCUGCAAAUCCCGGAGGCGGACACCCUCAGAUUGUAGAAGGGGCAUAUGCUUGGGGAUUUGACAUCAAAAGCUGGAAGUGCAACUUAAAUCCGCUGACAUGGCCUGAAAUAUUGCGGCAAUUUGCUGUAUCAGCAGGAUUUGGACCGCAACUGAAGAAGAGGGGUGUUGAACUAGCAUAUCGUCACGAGGACAAUGAGGUUAGUGAUGUCAAGGAUAUAAUAUCCAAUUUACGCAGUGGAGUAGCUGUAAAGAAUGCCUUCGCUAUUAUGCAAGAAAGGGGUUUUUCUAAUCCUCGCAAAUCAAGGCAUCGCUUGACUCCCGGGACUGUUAAGUUUGCAGCAUUUCAUGUUCUUUCUCUUGAGGGGAGCAAGGGCCUUACCAUAUUAGAAGUUGCAGACAGGAUUCAGAAAUCAGGACUUCGGGAUCUAACAACAAGCAAGACACCAGAAGCCUCGAUAGCUGCUGCUCUUUCUAGGGACUCGAAACUGUUUGAGAGGACUGCUCCUUCUACUUACUGUGUACGUGCUGCCUACAGAAAGGACACAACGGAUUCCAAGGCAGUACUUUCUGCAGCCAGGGAAAGAAUCCAAAAUUUCAGAAGUAAGAUUUUUGAUGUAGAAGGAGCUGAUGAAGCUGAAAGAGACGAAGAAUCUGAAAGUGAUGCAGUAGAGGAUCCUGAGGUUGAUGAUUUAGGUACUGAAAUAAGUUCAGAGAUAGUAGCUCACAGAUCUGAAGUAGCCAAAAAAGUGGGUGAGAAAAUGUCUUUGGAAAGCAGAAAAGGACGUUACGAGGUUAAUAAAGCUCCAGGAGACGUUAGGAAUGUCACUGAAGGAGUUCCUUCAAUCAAUUCUGAAGCGUUCAUCAAGGUUGAAGACACUGGUUCCUUGAAUAAUUCUGCUGACGCCACAGGGAUCUGCACCAAUGUAGCUAAUCAUGAUCAAGAAGAUACAGAGAUUGAUGAUAGCAACCCUGGUGAGCCAUGGGUUCAAGGACUUACAGAAGGAGAGUACUCUGAUCUUAGUGUUGAGGAGCGCCUCAAUGCACUUUCUGCUUUAAUUGGUGUGGCUAUAGAAGGAAACUCAAUUCGAAUUGUUCUUGAGGAACGUUUAGAGGCAGCGAAUGCUUUAAAGAAGCAAAUGUGGGCAGUGGUGCAAGUUGAUAAACGGCGUUUCAAAGAUGAACAUUUCAUCAAAAUGCAAUAUACCCCUUUCAGUGGGAACAAGACCGAGCAGAUCCCGACAAUUCAUUCUUCAGAUGAGAGGCAAAGUCCAUCUACUGUUGAUGAGAAAAACAUUGAGAGGACAGUGAAGCUUUCUAUCCCACAAGACCAUAUUGUUGAUCCACAAAAUGAGCAAAAUUAUAUCAACAGUUUUCCCUCCGUGGGAAACCUACAAAUGCAGGAGAACUCUGUUGGUCCAGACAAUUACCCAUUUCAGCAACCCAGUCUUAUUGCUGAUAAGUCACACAAACAUUUAAAGUAUUAUAUUGGUCACAAAGCAGAGGAGAUGUAUGUUUAUCGAUCACUGCCUCUCGGCCAGGAUCGUAGGCAUAAUAGAUACUGGCAGUUUAUUACAUCUGCCUCUCGAAAUGAUCCUGGUUGUGGCAGGAUCUUUGUUGAGCUGCAUGAUGGUCGAUGGAGGCUUAUUGAUUCUGAGGAGGGCUUUGAUGGUCUUUUGGCAUCUCUGGAUGUGCGUGGGUAUAGGGAAUCCCAUUUGCAGGCAAUGUUGCAGAUGACUGAAAUAUUCUUCAAAGAAACUGUUAGGAGAAACAUGUUGCAUUCUAACCGAAGGAGGCAUGUCAAAGACACUUCUAAAAUUGAAGCUGUAGAAAUGCCUUCUGGGUAUGAUUGCAGUGGUGGUACGGAUAGCCCUACCAGCUCUGUUUCUGUUGCUGACUUUGAUAUGUUAGAGAGCUCAAUGACUUUCUCAAUUGAGCUAGGAAAGGACGAAACUGAGAAAACUGGUGCUUUAAACAGAUAUCAUGAUCUGGAGAAGUGGAUUUGGAAAGAAUGUAUUGGUUCUUCAAUAUUAAGUGCUGACAAAAAUGGGAAAAAAAGGUGUCCGCAGCUGCUGGACAUCUGUAAUUCUUGUCGUGGAAUUUUUUAUUUUGAAGAAAAUCACUGUCAUUCUUGUCAUAGAACUUUUGGCAAGGGCGAAGUAGUUUUUUCACAACAUGUGGCAUUGUGUAAAGAGAAGUUGAAUUCUAAUUGCUCGGCCUCUUCUCCGCUUAGGAUGAGGUUGCUGAAGGUGCUAUUUGCUUUGACUGAGGUUUAUGUUCCAUUAGAAGCUCUUCAACCUCUUUGGACCGACAUGAACCGUAAUUCUUGGGGUAGAAAGUUACACUCCUCGUCAUCAGCUGAAGAACUUCUCCAGGUUCUGGCAUCACUGGAGAGUGCCAUAAAGACAGAAUAUUUAUCUUCAAAUUUUGAGACUACCAGUGAGCUUCUAUAUUGCUCGAAUGAAAAAGGAUGUGUCACUAGCAAUUUUUCUUCUCCUCAUAGAGUUUCUGUGCUUCCAUGGAUACCACUCACAACCGCAGCUGUGGCUCUUAGGCUCAUGGAGUUUGAUGCGGCCAUCUCUAACAUGCUACAGCAGAAGCUGGAGAGUCAUAGAGAGAAGGAAUCUGGGCAUUUUAUUAAGCUUCCAACAAGAUCUGCUGUCAUGAAAAGUUCCCAGAAUAAGGAGAAGUCAGGAGCUCCACAUCAAUCUGAAGAAUUCAAAGAAGGCCAGCAGGAGUAUUUGAGGAGUGGACUUGCCAGCCCUUGCCAUGGACUAGGUUGUGGUCAGACUCGUAGUGGGAGAGUGCCAAAAAAGGCAAUUAGUUUGAGGGGCGAUCCUAGGAAGAAGAGUAGAGUUACAUCCAAAGAUAGAUUAGGACAGGUGCAUGUACUGAAAUGGAAAGGCAAACCACGUGCACAAGGAGGGCGUAAGCGUGGAAAUCGGAGCAUUAGAGGCAAUCAGCCAACGCUAAACAGGAUAAUUCAGAUUGGUGGGGAGAGAAAUAGCCCAAAAGAGUGCGUCUUUUAUAAACCAGCAGAGAACUUGGGUGAGGAGAACUGGAAUGAAGGUGAAACUGCGGCAGAAAAUGCAAGUGGUUCGGGAAGAACAGAGUAUGAAGAGGAAAAUGGCGAUGCAUCCAGAGAUGAAUUUGAUCAUGUGAAUGUGGAUGACUAUGGCCGUGGCUUCAAUGGCAAAUCUGAUGACUUAUUGGAGGGAGGUGAUUAUAACGUGGAGGGUUACCAAGACGAUGUCAAUGAGGAUUACGAUGAAGGUGAAGCUGCACAAGAUACAAAGGGGGAUCCGGAUUACGAUGGUGCCAGAUAUAUCAAUGAUGAGUGGGAUGAAGAGGAAUGCAUAGCUGAUGAUGGACAUCAGAACAGGAUACUUCGGAACAGAAACAGAUCCUCGUCGUCAGACUAUAGUGACUAACUAAUGAACUCUUAAAUUAAUUUCUAGUUAAGGGCUUAACUGCAGUACUGUACAAUCAUGGAUUGAUAGGGCAGGUUGCCCUCGUUGAUCAACUUGAAAGGAACCAAGUGAUUUGACAAAGGCACUCUACUAAUGCAAUAGUACGUAUUUUGAAGUUCAAA